AUGAAAUUUUGUGCCGCCUACACUGGCUGGGACGAAGGUGGCAAACAACGGUCCAAAGUCAAAGUUGAACCACCUCCGUCCCACGCAGAUCGCCAUAAAGAUAUACUUAGCCCAGAACUUGACCUUCAGAAAGAAAUAUUCGCUGAGAUUUGA